AUGCUAAUGAGUGAGGAUGGGCGCUCCUGGACCCCACAAGGUCCUGGGUUCGAUCCUGGCUCCUCCACUUUCCGAUACGAGUUGCCCGUGGUCAAGGUCACGUGGCCCGAGAAAACUGUGACAAGAUCUCAUGCAUACCUCAUGGGCAAGCCUACCUUUCGUGCUCUCGAAUUAUUGGGUCAUGGCAUGCGUGGCUACGUGGCCUACGAGUGCGAGACGGGUCGUUUCGUGUGGCUCAAGGACAUGUGGCGCGCGUCCUACAUGCUCACCAAGACCGAAGGCGAAGUUCUUUGGAAGCUCAACGCUGCCGGGGUGUCUCAUGUGCCUACUCUCGUCUGCGACGGCAACGUGCACGAUCAAGCUACGAUCACUGCGUACUGGUGGGAGCGCAUACAGGCUCGUUCUGACACUCUCUAUCGAUCGACGCCAGUCCGUUCUUCAUAG